GGUAGCUUGGACCAUGCGAACUGGCGCAAGCAAGUAGAUGCACAUGUGCUAACGACAACUGCUAAUUUGUACCACUACACUUUGCAAGACAAAUCCUCCUACGAUCAUCAACGGCAUUAAAUCCCCACCAGCCGUGCCAUCUUUGUCGCAUACACAUUCUGGAUCCUCACAAGGGUUGAUUCCCACACAUCCCAGUUCUGCCACCUAAUCAACAUCACACCUUGUCUAUCAACAUGGCGGACCGGUUUCCAUCCCUCGAUGAAUUUGAUUCGGGUGUGCAAACCGAAGUCAAGGACACAUCAGCAGAACCAUCUGCCGACGAUUUUCUGGCGCGAGAGAAGGCGCUCUUGGGAGACGACGCGAACCAGUUCGCAACCGUCGAGGAUGGCGGCGAUGAUGACGAUGAUGACCUGCUGGGUGGAGGUGGUGGCAACUCUGGCAACGCGGAGUUUGAGAGCCAGUUCCCAGACCUAGCGAGCCCAAACUCGGGUCUCGGUGCUAGUGGAGCCAUUACCGGCCCAUCAGUCAGCUACAACUCAGGUUUCGGUGCCUACACAGAGGAGGAGGAAGAGCCCGAGGUAAUCAAGGAGUGGCGGCAGAAACGGGAUGAGCAGAACGCCAAGCGGGCCGAGCAGUUUGCACAACAGCGCGCCGAGACGAUCAAGGAAGCGCAGCAGAACAUUGACGAAUUCUACGAGAACUACAACAACAAGAAGGAGAAGACAAUCGCCCAGACUCGCAAGGACGCCGAACAAUUUCUCAAGAACCGCGAGGACACCACAUCGGGUGGCACCAGCUGGGAGCGCAUCUCUAAGAUCGUUGACGUUUCUGGCAAGGGUGCCAAGGGCGGUGCGGCUGGGUCUGGAAAGGAACGCUUCCGUGAGCUGCUCACGAGCCUGCGGAAAGAUGAGAAGGCACCGGGUGCCGAAGGUUACUAGUGCAUGAGUAUGUGGUGUUCUGGGCUGUACUUGAGCGGUUUGGCCGAUCUUGAAUCAACCAAGCUGCAUCAAGCUGUAAGUGCAGGUCGGUAAUAGUGGCCUGGGGUUGCUCGCUAUAGAUAUAUGGCCCCCAAAACCUUCAUCAUGUCGUCCAUUCGACAUAUCAUUGUAUUUUAGACGUUGUGUUUAGGCUGUCAACAAAGGCCUUGGCAUCGGACAUAAGGCAUCACACAGUAAUCACGGUUAUUGAUGGG